AUGACCCCAAUCUUAGGGUUCACUUUCCCCCCCCAAGUAAGGAUGGUGGCAGCGAUGCGUGGCCAUGUUGAAGUCGUGCGCUUGCUGCUGGAGACCGGAGCCGACAAGGACAGAGCCGACAAGGAGGGCACGACAGCCUUGAUGAUGGCAGCCAUGCGUGGCCAUGUCGAAGUCGUACGCUUGCUGGCUGAGGCCGGGGCAGACAAGGAUGUGACUUGCAAAAAUGGCCUCCCGCUGCUGAUUAUGGCCGCUGUCAGCGACCAUGUUGAAGUCGCGCGCGUGCUGGUGGAGGCCGGUGCCGACAAGAACAUGGCCGACAACGAGGGCAACACGGCCUUGAUGGCAGCGGCCAUGUGUGGCCACGUUGAAGUCGCGCGCUUGCUGGUUGAGGCCGGCGCCGACAAGGACGUGGCUUCCAACAGUGGCAUCACCGCGCUCAUGAUGGCAGCUGCCAAUGGCCACGUUGAAGUCAUGCGUUUGCUGGUUGAGGCCGGCGCGGACAAGGAUGUGACUUCCAAAAGAGGCACCCCAGCGCUGCAUAUACUAGCUGCCGACGGCAAUGUUGAAGCGGCGCGUUUGCUGGUGGAGGCGGGUGCCGACAAGAACAUUGGCGACAACGAGGGCAACACAGCCUUGAUGACGGCAGCUAUGAGUGGCCAUGUUGAGGUCGUGCGUUUGCUGGUUGAGGCCGGCGUCGACAAGGAUCUGACGUACAAAGGCGGCAUCCCAGCUCUGUUUUUGGCCGCUACGCGUGGCCACGUUGAAGUCGCGCACUUGCUGGUUGAGGGCGGCGCCUACAAGGACGUGACUUCCAAAGAAGGCAUCCCAGCGCUGCAUAUCGCAGCAGCCAAUGGCCAUGUUGAAAUCGUGCGUUUGCUGGUGGGGGCCGGUGCCGACAAGAACAUUGUGGACAAUGAUGGCAACACAGCCUUGAUGGCGGCAGCCAUGCGUGGCCACGUUGAAGUCGCGCGCUUGCUGGUUGAGGCCGGCGCCGACAAGGACGUGGCUUCCAACAGUGGCAUCACUGCGCUCAUGAUGGCAGCUGGCAAUGGCCACGUUGAAGUCGCUCGUGUGCUGGUGGAGGCCGGCAGCAACAAGGACGUUGGCACCAACAACUCGGAACCUGCCAUGAAGCGAAGAAGACUCGUCUCCUGA